ACUGCCUCAUGGACCUGGACCUCCCGCUUGGACAUGGACCUCCUAUGCCCCGCUUAGCCUGCAACUUACUGUCGGUCUCUUGGAUCAGGAGCCUGCAAUGCCCUGUUGGACUUGCCUCUCACCCAACACAUCACGGUGACUCUGCUGCUACUGAGCAUGCUCCUUACCUGGAGCUCAGGUGUUGUGCUGAUGUUGCUGCUUUUAAUCCUGGCUGUCCAGAGGGCGGUCCCUGGACCAUCAUGCCCCGCCUCCUGCGUGCUUUGCUCUGACAAGGCUGUCAUCUGUCACAGACUGGCUGGUAUUAUAGAGGCUCCAGAGACCACCAAGGCCCUGCUUCUGACUGAAGGAUCCAUCGCCGCGGUCCAGUCCGGAUCAUUCUUGGCCCUGAGCGACAUUACGGUCAUCGGUUUGAGUUACAACCGCAUCUCUGCGCUCGGCGAACAGUCCUUCAGGAACCUUCCCUUCCUGCACACGUUGCUGCUGGACCACAACCUCCUCACCAGUCAGGCCUUGCAGGAGGAAGCGCUUACCGGUCUUGCUCGACUCCAGGUUCUAGCAUUGGGCCACAACCAUUUGAGCAAGAUCCAAGCUGACUGGUUUCAAGGUACCAGUGCUCUUCGAAGCCUGAAGCUCGAGGGAAACCGGAUCACCGGUUUGGACGCUGGUUCUCUCCCUCUUAAUGGUCUUAAAGAUCUAGAGAGUUUAGAUUUAUCCGAUAACCUAAUAAGUCAUCUGGACAGAAAGAGUUUCCGUGGCUUGGUGCGCCUUCACCAUUUGGAUUUGUCCAGGAAUCGUCUGAGUUCAGCUGCUUCUCAGGCUUUUUCUUACCUCAGCUGGUUGACCGACCUGAACCUGGAUCUCAACUCUUGGAAUUGCACCUGUCAGCUGCUGGACUUAGCUGCCUUCCUGUCAGCCUUCAUACAACAACCUGACAAGAUUCUGUACAACGGACAAAGGAUGCUGUGCGUGAGUGCGGACAAUCCGUCAGUAAGCACCGUGCUGGAGCUGACCCAAGCCAACUGUGUCGCGUCCAACCAGAACAUCAGCGUGCAGGUGGAGACCAGGGACAGUGUCACAGCCAAAAUAUACGCUCGGGAUUUGGCCAUUACUGCUGUCCUCUGCUUUAUUGGUGGCAUCGCCUUGACGCUGCUAGUAGUGUUGAUCUACUAUCAACUUUCUCGGCGAAAGAAAGUGCCAGAAAGCCAAAACCUGAGGGGAGGAAGCGGCACGGUGGCAAACUGUCUCAUCAACAACCAUGAGCUGGCGGAGAAGCAGAGACAGCUCUUUUUGCAAGCCCACCAGCUACUGGACAGCGAGACUUUGCCUUGGCAUGGCGGGCAGUUUGACGGAAAGCAGCCUUAUUUCAUGUGUGCAGACUGCCACGCCCAUCCAUGGGAUGAGAGGAUGAGUGAUGUGACACAUGCAGAGAGGACGCUAAGGAUGGAGGCUCAGAGGAGGAGACUUGACAACCAGCAAGACGAUUCAGAAGCAGGCAUUCCCCGCAAGUUUCUUCCUGCUGGUAGUUCCAUGACUUCAUCUGGUCAAUGGACUGACAUGUCCGCUCAUAAACCGGAUGAGCACCCAAACGAUGAGGUCACAAAUAGACGAUGCAAGAGCUGCCAUAGAACAUUCCGACAGUCGACACUAAGUAGGAUUCACUCCAACGGUGGAGAUCCGGCUCUAUUUGAUGGCUCUCGGGUCAACCCACUUCACGUAAUGAAUAACAUCAAACCAAGAAACGUGACCUUUGAUCUACAGAGUUCCAAAAGAUGGCAGAAGGAAAGAAACAGUCGGACAAGGGCAAUGAAGCGAGGCCAGGAGCGAGGAGUGGAGAAAGACAAAAGAAAGUCCAGCCGGAUGCAAAAGGCUAAGAUUAACUUGAACCCGCUCCGAAAAAGCAAAGUACAUCCAAAAAGGAAAAGCGAGCAGCACAGUAGAAGCUCGGAGAAGGAGAAGGGGAAAGAUAAAAGGAAAGAUGGGAAAGAGAGCGAAGAGAUGGAAGACAAAGAAAGGUCAUGUGAGCGAUUGAAGGAGAGCAGAAAUAAACCCUCCAAGGGCGGGGCAUUGAGUCCCGGUGACAAGAAGCAAGAAGGAGGCAAGAUGCUGUCUGGAAGUGUGCAAAAGAUCCAAAACAAAGCAGAAGGUGACAAGGAAGCGACACAAGAAGGAAGUACUGAUGUCACCACCACUGGAACACAGGUGGCCUCCACUAGCGAGCAGGGCCCAAAUAUUCCUGCUCAACAAGUUGCUUUGGUUCUUGCCAGUUCCCAUCUUUCCCAGCAACCACUCCCCUUCUCUGUUACCAAGGCAACCAAUCAUCCAGUAACAGAGAGUAACCGUUCUCUCUUACUCAGCCCAACCACCCCAGUAGGAAGUCCUCUGGUCCAAACUGGUCUUAGCAAUAGUGCUGAGCCUGACAUGCUGAUUAGUAGAGCAGACCUGGCCUUGGAUGGAUCAGAAGACAUCUUGAGACGAGAUAGCCUUGUAUCGCCUGUCGCAAAUACGGCACACACCGACCUUUUGCAGUCAAGUGUGUCACAGAGAGAUCCUCUUCAGCUUUCCCAGCCAGGAGGACCUGGAACCAACAUAGCCACUGAUUCCUCACACAUCAAGUCCCUAUCCCAAAGCCAUCUGGAUCUUGCUAGCGCUUCUCUUGAAGCAGGUUCAAAGUCAAACCCAACCUUGGUUCAAAGUCCUCAGACCGGGGAGAGCUCAUUCCCUAUUGCCUCUGGAUCAGAACCACAGAGCUUGGUGCUUCCCAUCCAAGCACCACAAAGUCCAGCUGGCUUAUCAGCGCUGACGUCUCCCAUUCCCAUGGUAACGAAUGCUGUUGAAAACUUGGUAAAUAGUAACGUUCAGGCUGGGAAAAGGGGUGUGGCUGAAAAUCUGGCAGUCGGUAUGUCUGCCGGAGUAAGACUUGGAAUUGAAGGUCAAGCAGGCUCUGAAGGGAGCACGCCAACUGCAGGGAUCCCCGCACAAGGUGCAGCAACACCAAGCACCGCCUUAGCAGGCACCUCCCCUCUGAUCAAACACGAAUACCUUUCAGGGGAAGGUGGCUCCUCCUCAAGGAGGAAACUAAAGCUGGUACUUCCUGAGAAGACAUCCGGCCGGGAACCUACUGCACUGGAGAGGAAGAUCCGUUAGACUAAAGGAUUAAAAUCAUCCUGUUAGAUCUUUCAAAUAAAGUUUAUUGCUAAAGGAAAAG